AUGAGUUUUAUAAUUACUGCUGAGCCAGUAGGAUAUUUGUUAAACAUUAAUGUUGUAUGUCAUGAUAAUGGAUCAAUAGAGGUUAAUCAAGAAAGUUAUGCUAAAGAUAUUGUUCGACCGUUUAACAUGACAGAGGCAAAUCCUGUGUCAACUCCAACUGAGCAGUAUCUGCAGCCAAAUGAAUUAACCAGUGACAAUGUAACUAAUGCUCCAUAUCAAGAAGCAGUUGGCUGUCUUAUGUAUUUAGCUGUUGGUACAAGGCCCAAUAUAGCAUUUGCAGUGAGCUAUAUGUCAAAAGUUUUAGAGAAUCUUCGAGAAUAUCACUGUUCUGUGGUAAAAAGAAUCCUAAAUUAUAUAAAAGGUUCAGUGCCAUGGGGUUUAAAAUAUGCUGCUAGCCAUGGAAACAGAAGACUGGAGAUAUAUACUGCUGAUUAUGCCAGUGAUCCAGCAACCCAACGCUCAGUUAUUGGAGUGGUUGCAAGAUCUUGUGGACGAGCACUUACCUGGGAUAGUAGGCAGCAACAUUGA